AUACCAAUUCACGAACUGCAGAGUCAGUCUAUCCGGUUCGAGGUUCUGUCAGUCGAACGCACAAAACGAAGCAAAGUUGUGGGCUUCGUCUCCUUCCCCCUCUCCGCCCUGAAGACUGCGGACUCACAGUGGCAGCCAGUGAGGGUUGCGCGUGACCUGCAACUCUAUGAACUGUCCAGUGUGAGUUACUAA